AUGGAAUCGACGCAGGCCUUUAGCGAGCCAGAGGGAAGAUGGCUGGACACCUACAAACUGCUGGAGAGGCCUGGUCCUCUUGCUGGCGAGGCCUUCGAGCCCGACACCCCUGAUGCCCCCAAGUUGAAGAACUACCUGCGAGCCUUUGAAAAUAGCAGGGGUGAUCCCAACUGCAAGAUCCUCGUUAUUGGCGCUGGUGGCCUCGGUUGCGAGCUCCUUAAGGAUCUUGCUCUCUCGGGCUUCCGUUGCAUUGAUGUGAUCGACAUGGACACGAUCGAUAUUUCGAACUUGAACCGCCAGUUCCUGUUCCGACCUGCCGACGUGGGCAAGGCCAAGGCCGAGGUCGCCGCCCGCUUCAUCAAUGAGCGAGUGCCUGGCUGCCGCGUCACUCCUCACUUCUGCAGGAUUGAGGACAAGGACGAUGACUUCUACCGAGAGUUCAACAUCAUCAUUUGCGGUCUCGACUCCAUCGAGGCCAGGAGGUACAUGAACUCCGUGCUGGUCGGCCUCGUGGAGCAUGGCGACGACGGUGAGAUCGAUCCGGAUACCAUCAUCCCCAUGAUCGACGGAGGCACCGAAGGUUUCAAGGGCCAGGCGAGGGUGAUCCUGCCCGGCAUCACGGCGUGCUUCGAGUGCACGCUGGAGCUGUUCCCGCCCAAGACCACCUUCCAGAUCUGUACCAUCGCCCACACGCCCCGCAGGCCCGAGCACUGCAUCGAAUACGCCCGCCUGUUCAAGUGGGGCGAGGACAAGCCCUUCAAGGACGAGAAGGGCGAGGCCGUCAAGCCCGACAUGGACAACCCCCUCCACCUCAGGUGGAUGUACGAAGUCGCCAGGAAGAGGGCCGAGGAAUUCGGCAUCAAGGGCGUGACGCUGCGCAGCACCAAGGGUGUGAUCAAGAACAUCAUUCCGGCCAUCGCCUCGACCAACGCUGUGAUCGCCGCUGCGUGCGCCAACGAGGCCUUCAAGUUUGCCACCAACGCCUCGGGCUUCCUCAACAACUACAUGAUGUACAACGGAGGCGGUGGUGUGUACACGUUCACCUUCGAGUACGAGCGCAAGCCCAACUGCCUGGGCUGCGGCACCGUCGACAACGUGAUCGAGUGGAACGUCAACCCCGACCAGAAGUGGGAGGACUUCAUUGAGGACCUCGCCAAGGACUCCACCCUCCAGCUUACCAGGCCCUCCAUCAGGUGCCCGGACAAGAACAUUGGCAUCUACAUGCAGAACCCGCCCAUGUUGGAGAAGAAGCUGAGGCCCAACCUGUCGAAGACCAUCGGCGAGCUCAUCGACGACGGCAACUCGCUCAACAUCACCGCGCCCACCCUGCCCGGCGUGGCCGUCACCAUGAAGAUCCGCUUCACCAAAUGA